AUGCCAAAACAAGUCGGAAGAAAGAUACCCCCGCGACCAUCGCAAAAACUAAAUCAGUUCUCAAGCCGUCUUUCCCAUUCUCUUUACCUACUCCAUUCUGAGGCCAAUCUCACCCCUUCUCGGAAUCACUCUCUUGAAAAAAGAAAAGGUCUACUCGCCAAAGCCAAUGAGGCUCACGGAGGCAAGACCAAGAGAAGACUAGCAUUUAGAAGAAAGCUCGAAAGGGGAGUUGUGCUCUGCCGAAUUCGUCGAGAAAAUGUUAAAAGCUUGCCAUUGAUAUUCAAUCAAACAAGUCAGCCUCGAAAAGAAGCUCCUCUGAUCAUAAACUUAGUGUCAGAAAGUGAGGAUACAGACAUUGAGGAACUAGAGAGCGAGGAACACGAAAGUGAGAAUGAGACCAGGAGUGAAGAUGGUACUGAAGAAGGUGAAGACAUAGCCAGGCCAAAUUCGAGCAGUGGAAGAAACACCCGGAGUAUUCCAAUCGUUGCAAGCCGUUGGAGUCGGGUGUAUUCGUAUCAGCAUAGUAGCAAAACGGAAGAUGGUGAAGGAAAAAAAGAAGAUCGCUCUGUUUCAAUUAGAAAAUAUACAGCAAAGAUCAAGAGCCUGCCGCCCAAUAAAGACAUACCUGAAAGACACAAGGGCAGUAGCGCUGAUUUCAGAAACGAAAAAGAUCAAUACAGUGAAGAAGACGAUGAUAGCGAGGAGGAAAAGGGUAUUCGUUUUCCGCUUUUAGCAUAUACAGGAAAUUCACUGAACCUUCCGAUCGCUAAGGGCACGGUCCCUGGACCCAAGUAUGGCAGAGAACUUUCGUUGGCACUUCAACGGCUAGAAGAACGCACUAUUCCAAGUCAGAGAUACAUUCAUGGAAGAGAGGUUACGCCGAAGAUUCACAAAAUAAACGGGAGCAUUAUCUCAUCAUCAAUACCAGCACUCGAGACGAAGGGACUUUCACGCGGUAAAGACAUAGUGACUCGGGGAGUCAAGCGAAGAAGAAACGGCAUGCCGAAGACACCAGAAGAUAAGGAAGGUAGUGGAACCGAAGAAGAGAACAAAGAAGAUUCUGCAAUCCUUCUCGCACAGUCACAUUCAACUCCCUCGAAAUACACAUCACCAGCACAUGCCAGCAUGGCUCUAGAGCACAAGUUGAAGUCGAACGCCAUGCCAAGUAUUGCACAAGAACAGGAGAAUAAGGGACAACCGAAUUAUCUCUCCCAUCCAUCUCCUCCUUUACUAGAUGGAUCAAGAUCGAAGCGCCAAAAGACAGCGGCUGUCAGUUCGCGGAACGAAGUGAAUAAGGACAUUGAUGGAGUGCUUCGAGUUGAGUCCAUGAAUCGACCCAUCCCAGAGAAAGUUACAAAUCGUCGUUUGUCUACAGAAGUUAUUAGAACCAAACCAGCAAGGUUUUUCACCGAUCUUCCAGGGUUGGUAAUUCGUCAAAUCGUCGACACCGUUUGUGAGCAGGAAGGUGGAAAACUCAUCUCCUCAAUCUGUUUCGGGCUCACUUGUAAACUUCACUGGGCUUUUUUCAAGGCCCGAUGGAGUCCUCCAGGCACUGAUAGGAUCUACGAGGGAUAUCUACCAAAAGAAAACCAAGCAAUUCUCGCACCUUUGCUGCAGAAUUGGGUUCCGGAAAGAUAUCGAAUGAUGUCGGGCAAAGGUGGUAAAGGUGGUCCAAGCUUAGUCCCAAUGUUUCUUUCAAAGAAUCAAUACGGGGAAGGAUAUACGAGAGAAGAGGGAAGAUUGGAGAAAAGAUAUAUUGCCUGUCUCUCAAUCCUCGAUGCUACCAAUCAAGAUGGUCUACAGCUAAAGCCCAGCCGCGGCUUACAUGCGAUGAUAGAUAACACGAUUGAUUUGCCAAGCCCGCAUGGAAUGGGUCAUUCUUGGUACGAUGCUAGUGCCUCUGAAUACUUAUUUCUGGUUGAGGGAUGGGAAUAUUCAACAUUGAAUGGCGAAGGUCCUGGAUUCAAAGCCAUUUGUGAGUCGUGGCAUACUUUUCGAAAUACAUGUUUGUGGGACUGGGUCAAUGGCAGGAAUUUCAAUCAGUUUCGUGAAGAUUGGAUGGAUGACGAAGGAAUGAAAGGAAGGCAGAAGGUCAAACAGACUUUAAUCAAGUUUGACAAGAAAGUGAAACAUUUUGAGGCAAGUAACCGUGAUUUGGAAGAUACAGUUAUCGCUGGUGCUGUUGGUGCUGUUGAUGAAAUGGUGAUGGAGGAUAUUAUCCAGGUGUUAUGA